CCGAUGGCCGUUCUCGGUUUGUUUGCCGCGGUCCGUGCGGCGCCUGGGCCCUGGCAGCGGGUGGCGUGCGCGGCCGCAGGGUUCCGGGGCCGCUGCCCUGGAAAGGGUUACGCUGUGGGCCGCGCGCAGAGCCAGCCUACCUUUGGGUUCCUGUUGGACAUCGAUGGAGUGCUGGUGCGGGGCCAUAGAGUGAUCCCUGCUGCUCUGAAAGCCUUCCGCAGGCUGGUGAAUGCUCAGGGGAAGCUGCGGGUGCCUGUGGUCUUUGUCACGAAUGCUGGGAACAUCUUACAGCAUGGCAAAGCCCAGGAGCUGUCAGCUCUGCUGGGCUUUAAGGUGGAGCCAGAUCAAGUUAUUCUCUCUCACAGUCCCAUGAAGCUUUUCUCACAAUAUCAUGGAAAGCGGAUGAUAGUGUCUGGGCAGGGACCCCUGGUGGAAAAUGCCCAAAUACUGGGCUUCAAGAAUGUGGUUACUGUGGAUGAGCUGCGGAUGGCCUUCCCUGUGCUUGACAUGGUGGAUCUCCAACGGCGGCCAAAGACCACGCCCCUUCCAAGGAAUGACUUCCCCGCUAUUGAAGGAGUACUCCUCCUUGGGGAGCCAGUACGCUGGGAGACAAGCCUGCAGCUGAUCAUGGAUGUCCUUCUCAGCAAUGGGAACCCUGGGACGGGUCUGGCAACAGCCCCUUAUCCCCAUCUCCCUGUCCUGGCCAGUAACAUGGAUCUUCUUUGGAUGGCUGAAGCCAAGAUGCCCAGGUUUGGCCAUGGCACGUUUCUGCUGUGCCUGGAAACCAUUUACCGCAAAGUGACAGGCAAAGAGCUGAGAUACAAGGGCCUGAUGGGCAAACCCAGCAUCCUCACUUAUCAGUAUGCAGAAGAACUGAUCAGGCGGCAGGCGGAGAGGCGGGGUUGGGCUGCCCCCAUCCAGAAGCUCUAUGCUGUAGGUGAUAAUCCUAUGUCUGAUGUCUAUGGUGCCAACCUGUUCAACCAGUACCUGAAGAUGGCGAAGCAUGAGCGGGCAGAGAAGCUGGGGGCCAGUGGUCUGUUGAAGCAGCGACCCUCAGCAACCCAGAGCUGUGCCUCCAUCCUGGUGUGCACUGGUGUAUACAGUCCCGAGACCCCGGGGUCCACAGAGCCUGCUCAGGGAGGAGAGGUGCCCUUCCAUGGGCACCGGGACUUCAGUUUCAGUCCAGGGCUUAUAGAGGCAUCCCACAUUGUGAAUGAUGUGGAUGAGGCUGUGCAGCUGGUUUUCCACAAAGAGGGUUGGGCUUUGUAGUGAGGACUGUGUUCCAGGCAGGGGGAUGGAGGGUGUCUGAAGCUGUAGGUGAGUCCCGUUUGCUGGCUUCUGGCCUGGAUCGCAGGGCAGGGCAUCAUGUCAGGCCUGCACCCCACAGAUGUGACAUUAGUGAUUACUUGGAAGAAGACACUGGCCUUUCUCCUGCUGGGCAGUAGCCAUCGAAUUGUACCCUGAGUAGCAUUAUGGGAACUAUCAGGAUUUUCUUGGUCCCAAUUCCUGUCUGCUUCUCCUGGCAGUCUGACCUCAGCUCAGUCCCUUUGCCUCUAUGCCUUAGUGUCCUUGUCCUCCUCAUUUCAUUAGGGUCUUCUGGGAAAAGGGGAGACAAUAUGUAAUAACAUGGAAAUUUCUACAGGACCUUUGCCUGCAUUAAGGGAACUAUUGCAUGCCAGCCAGGUGUCUAACUAACACUCAGAUACUACUUUUUAUUGUAUUUCAGCUUAUCGCUCAGACUUUUGAACUUAUUUUUAAAUUAAAAUGAUAAUAAAUAUUCAUUAUGCCA